ACGUCGUACCUUGCAGCUUCCCCCGCAACCACCUCCAGGCCCCCAUCUCUGCCACCCGAUGUGUCGGACAAACAACGCAUACAUGACACCAGUACCACCACCAAACCGUCCCUCUCUUCGCAUACACAGUCUGCGAAGAAGAAGACCGCCGCCCUCGUCACCGUGAUCCCCCCGCCCGUCACCGUGAUCCUCCCCACCCUCAUCCGCAGAAUGGCCACCACGGCCGCCAAACCCAGCGCCGUCCCGCCAAAAGACCUCGAAAGCUUCCAACAGCACCUCGCCAAUUCAACGCGCAUCCUCGCCCUCUUGGGCGCAGGACUGUCGGCCUCUUCCGGCCUGCCGACGUUCAGAGGCGCUGGCGGCUUGUGGAGGACACAUGACGCGACAUCACUGGCCACGCCGGGCGCAUUCGAGCGCGACCCAGGGCUCGUGUGGCAAUUCUACAGCUACAGACGACAUAUGGCACUCCAAGCCAAGCCCAAUCCCGCCCACUACGCCCUCGCAGAGCUAGCGAGGAAGAAGGACGCCUUCAUCACGCUGAGUCAGAAUGUCGACGGCCUAUCGCCCCGCGCACAGCAUCCAGCUGAGAAGCUCAAGCUACUACACGGUUCCCUCUUCGACGUCAAGUGCUCAGAUUUCUUCUGCAACUAUGUCGAGAAGAAUAACUACACGGAUCCCAUUGUCCCCGCUCUCGCUAUACCCACCGCCGAUGACGACGGCUCCUCUGCACCCCUCGACCCCACUACUACAUCCGCCCGCGAACUAGACAUUGCAGACGCCAACGUCGCCAUUCCUGAAUUGGACUACAACCACCUGCCCCACUGCCCCAAGUGUCAACGCGGCCUCCUCCGUCCCGGCGUUGUUUGGUUCGGGGAAGCCCUGCCCAAGAAGGUCAUGGAGGAUGUCGAUGCCUUUGUGUCGGACAAGGCGGGUAUCGAUCUCAUCAUGGUUAUUGGCACGAGUGCGAAGGUCUAUCCCGCGGCGGGCUACGUCGACUUGGCGCGCAGUAAAGGCGCGCGCGUGGCGAUUAUCAAUAUGGAUUCUAAUGACGUGCCCGCGGGCGGACUGUACGACGGCGACUGGUUCUUCCAGGGCGAUGCCGCGCAGAUUGUGCCCGAGUUGUUGAAGGGCGUUAUUGGCGAGAUUGAUAUGGAGAAGAUGCGCGAUGCUGCGGACGAGGGUUGAGGGCUGGGGGUGAAAUGGUUCUUGGAGCUUGACCGGAGGCUUCUGCGUUUAGAUUGUGGCUUGAGUUGUCCAAGACUGGUGUUUUGAAUCAGACUUGGAGUACGGGGGGGUUAUAGCAUGCGAUAAUCGCAGCUACACAUAGGUUGUUAGGAUGGUAAUACACCGAGACCUUCAGACUGCACUGACGCGGUGAAUUGACAUACGCAAGACUUGGCUGGUAGUA